UGUGUGUGUGUGUCUCGCACACGCACACGCGCGGCAGCCCGGGAGCGGCAGGCGCCUCCUCCCCGCUGCAUUAAAACGAGCCAAGUUUCCACGCCGGGGGUAGCGGCACGUCGGGGCCGGCCCGGGGCCCCGGGGAUGCACCUGAAUAUCACGGCCACGGCCACGGCCACGGCCGUGCCGGGCGAUCCCCUCCACCUGCACCCCAGCGGCUAUGCCAACGGCUCCAACCGCUCCGACCCGCUCCCCAAAGGGCCCGACGAGGAAGACCUGGACGUCAACACCGAUAUCUACUCCAAAGUGAUGGUGACCGUCAUCUACUUGGCUCUUUUCUUGGUGGGCACUGUGGGCAACUCCAUCACGGCGUACACGCUGGUGCGCAAGAAGUCGUUGCAGAACCUGCAGAGCACCGUGCACUACCACCUGGCCAGCCUCGCCUUCUCCGACCUCCUCAUCUUCCUCCUCUGCAUGCCCAUCGAGCUCUACAACUUCAUCUGGGUCCACCACCCCUGGGCUUUCGGGGGGGCCGUUUGCAAGGGCUACUACUUCCUCCGGGACGCCUGCACCUACGCCACAGCGCUCAACAUCGCCAGCCUCAGCGUGGAGCGCUACAUGGCCAUCUGCCACCCCUUCAAAGCCAAGAGCAUCAUGUCCCGCAGCCGCACCAAGAAGUUCAUCAGCUGCAUCUGGAUCGCCUCCUUCCUCCUCGCCAUCCCCAUGAUCUUCACCAUGGGGGAGAUCUACGGCAAGGACCAAAAUCCCGACUCCCUCAUCUGCACCACCAUCGUGGAUGCCUCCACGCUGAAGACGGUCAUCCAGGUCAACACUUUCAUCUCCUUCGUGUUCCCCAUGGUCGUCAUUUCUGUGCUCAACACCAUCAUCGCCAACCAGCUCAUGGUCAUGUUCAGGCAGGCUGCCCAGGAAAACCAGGUCUGCACCAUCGGCGGGCAGCAGACGAUGCUCAGCAUGUCCAUGGAGCCCAGCCGCGUGCAAGCCUUGAAGCACGGCGUCAGGGUCCUGCGUGCUGUGGUGAUUGCCUUCGUGGUCUGUUGGCUCCCUUAUCACGUACGGCGACUCAUGUUUUGCUAUGUCCCCUCCAGUCACUGGACAGAUUUCCUUUUCAACUUCUACCACUACUUCUACAUGCUGACAAAUGUCCUCUUCUACGUCAGUUCUGCAAUCAACCCCAUCCUCUACAACCUGGUGUCUGCAAAUUUCCGACAAAUCUUCCUCUCUACACUCACACUCCUGUGCCUGCCAUGGAGGAAGAAGAAGAAACGAUUGGCUUUCACCAGGAAAUCCAACAGCAUCUCCAGCAACCACACAUUUUCCAGCCAGGUCACAAGAGAAACUACAUACUGAAGCCAAAGGAGGAAGGGAAAUGCGUUUCAUGAUGGAGUCAAACCUUGAGAGAGGCCUCUGUGACUUUCAUGCAUUGUCUCCAAAUUCAUGUAACACAAAUGUGUUUAGAAAAGUCAUUUUUGUUGGAAAAAUAGGCUUCAUUCUGCCAGCAACUUUGAGGUUAUUUUAAAGCAUUGGCCUUGCCUCUUGUGAGUAAUGUCUACAUGUUUUGUAAGUUCGGUCUGGCAUAAAUCCAGGUGCAGUGUUAACUGGGAAGGCAAAAUAUGUUAAACUUGGGCAAAAUCAUACUGCAUUUCAUCCUUUUCUCAAUGCAGAGAUGCCAUGUUCACUUCCGAGGGUUUGAGAUCACAUCUCUUGGUGACACUGAGUAGAGAGUCUGAUGAGAAGGCGGUUUUGAACAGAAAGGGAUGUUUUUAGGGAACAGACAUGCUCAUCUAUGGGAUGUUCAAUGAACGAGGAGGGAAAACUCAGGGAGCCAGGUAGUUAUUUUAGAAAUACAUCUAAAUUAUGAUUAAUAUGACCUAGGUGCUCAAGAGAGCUGCGCUGGCUCCUUGAAAUUAAAUAACAACAGAUGAUGCCUUACCUAGAUUGGGGUGGCUGUGGCCUGGGGGAGUGGGGGGUCAACUUUCACUUUAGGGCAGAUAUAGUGCCGGGCACAGCGAAACCCCUCUCUCUCUGGUAUUGGUACUGCAACACCAAUAAAUAACAAAGUCUAGCAAAGUCAAGAAUGCAGAAACUGUGCCCAGCUGGAGUGAUGAAAGCAAACAAAAAUGGAAAAUCUUACUGUUGCCAUACAGCCAAAUCCUAUUUUUUACCAGGGAGAACAGUUAGCUGGCCAGCACUAAGAGAUGAGAGAACUCCGGGCUCAUGAGGGCUCCAAGCUGCUAGGAUAAGAGCAACCUGCCCCAAUUCUGUGGGACCUCCAGAUUGUCCCCAUUUUUAUUCCAAUUUCACCUGUUUCCUCACCAUUUUCACAAGGCUGAUGUCUCAUAGGUUAUAUCAGUUGUGGACAACAGUGCCUCUUGUUCUACCUUUUUUUUUAUUUAUUUUUGCUACCAGACCUGUUGGCACACUGUUCUGCACACAGAGAUCUUCAGAUAGUGCAAAUGCAGACACAAGAAGGUAUGAACUGGGGAGUCCUAGCUCUAAUACAGCUUUAUUUUAACAAGCCAGAGGAACAGAAACAAGACCUGAAAAUUCUCUCUGAAAUUCCUCAGCUGGCCAGAAUAGGUAGUGUGAGCUUUUCUCCCAUAUGGUUCCACUUCUAACAGCCCACUAUGUGAUGCAACAAAUUGCUCCAGAGCCUUUAGCACCAGAAGUCCCAGGUCUCUGGGACAAUCUAAAGGGCUUUCCCUGCUGUCACAUCACCAGAUGGUGACCUGCAUGAACCUGGAACCAACCAAGCAACCUGUGCAACCUCUGCUGUGAUUUUGCUGGUGGUGACCUUGCAUCCCCUCGCACACCACACUUCAUUAGGAGAGCAGGACUUGCCUCUUUAAGAUGACAAAUGAGAAGAGUCACUUGGCUCAAUUCAGCUUUCUGGGCUUUACCCAUACUCUGUCACUCUUCAACUAACAAGCACCCUUGGUACGUAACAGAAGUUUCAAUGCUGGAGAUGUGGAUCUGGCCCCAGUGAACCAUCACACGAUGAUGGAGAUCAGUUACUGAUCCACUGAGUAUCAGUCAUUUCUCCUGCUACAGAUGUGGUAUCUCAUGGGUUAAGCCCUGUUGGGCUCAGGGCAUAAAGAAAACACCUGUGGGACAUUUGCUGUGAGUUGUGAGUGAUGGCUAUCUACUCCCAAGGCAUUUAUAACCUGGCAGUUGUACAGAGCUAGCUAGUUACCAUGGUAGACCAGGCUACCAUCAGCCAUGACCUCCAACCACACCUACCAGGGAUGGGAGAUUCUUUUAAUGCCUAAUACAGAACCACUCCAAAAGAAAGGGCUCAAAAUAGAAAUCAGUGAGGCUUUAGUUUCUUCUGAUUCAGCCAAACUGCAAGUUUUGUUCUGACAUGCCUUCUUGUAAUUUCUUGCCCUGGUUGUACCAAACAGAGGGCAGAGUUUAUAUGUGACAAAGCACUUUUCGUUGCUCGUGCACAGCUGACUCCUCUUUGGUAAGAACAGAUAAUGGCACGCACACACACACACACACAGACACACACAGACAAAAUAAUGAAGAGAGACUGGUCACUUUGGGAGGAAAUCUGUGAGAAACCAGCAAAUGUUAUCUGUGUGUUAGAAACGGCUUGGGCAGGUUGGAAGCUCUAAAAGAUUUGUAUGUACUGCCCUGUGGUUAAGUCCAGGUAUGAUGAUCAGAGGAAGAGAAGUCUUAAUGUCACACCCUUAACAUUGGCCUUCCAGGGAAGAUACUUUAGAUGUUUCCGGAGGGGUCUCAAAUUUUUUAACUUCACCUCUAAAUAGAGUCAACAGCUAGGAGGUGGUUUCUGAAACCUCCCAUGGAAGCUGUAACUGUCUUGCUUUGACUUUCAUUAGGAUUUAACAUCCUGUAUUUCUCAGUUGCUUUUGAAAUAUUAAACAUUAAUAUCCUUGUUCAACACCAACCUACUGAAGUGUGCUUGAUUAUCUUAGAAAACACUGUACAAAAAUUGUUGUUUCACAUAAGAUGCUUGGCUUAGACUUUUAUUACUGAGAUACGCUGGCAGCUUACAGAAUAUUUGAUCACAGCUCAGAGAAACUGGUAGGUUUAUUUUUGGUUUGACAUGAAAACGGGAACAAGCUGGAGUAAAAAUGAACUUAUCGUAAACUCUUUCUGCAAUGUUUGUUGGGCUACUUGAGUCCUGAAGAUCUGACUAUUUGUGAGGAUAUAUCCAAGCAGUUUGCUGGCUUCUACAGCUCUGAUCCUGCAGUUUAACACAGUCUAUGGCCUUAAUCUGAGACUGCAGCUCAAAGCUACCUCUGCCACUGGCCAAAUCUGACUACCUUGAGCUGAGAAGUGUAAAUUACAGCUGAUUUCAUCCUCUCUCUCCCCCUUACCUAGCUUUGUUAUAUUUGACCUAGAGAUUUAGUUCUCAAGCUCAGAGAAGUGAGGAUAAGUCACUGCAAAACCCCACGGUUUUGUAAAGGAAAGCAUGAUACCAUAGAGAAGAAGAAGGCACAAACCACCCGGUAUAUACCAGAAAAAUGGUUCUUUCCAUGCAUUUUAACUACUAAUCCAAAAGGUUUAGCUUUAAACCUAAUCGAGUAUAAGUGGCUUUUGCCAUUAGACAAAAUGCAUACUCCCAUCCUUGGUAUUCCUGUCUUGUCUGAACUCUCUGCUGAGGCAGAGGUGAGCGUUGGUGCAGCAUGCUGUUAAUCUAUGCAAAUUUCCUACAAGUGUUUUGAACUGUUUGUUUCGACUAAAAAAAAUCUGUUGAACCCACAGAUGUGAAGUGCUGCCAGAUGGAUUCUGAGAAAUUCCCAUCUGAAGAAAGUCUAUCAAGUGACCUCUUCAAAAACUAUUUUGAGGUUUCAUUCCUCUUCACAGUAUUCUUGUCAGGGCCAUCCAUUUGGCAGCGUGUGAAAUCAAAUUUACAAAGUCAUUACGUGAUUCGGAAAUUUCCCCCAGACAGGACUUUCUCACCAGAGGCCCAGUACACAUCAGUGUUUGAACACUCCGCUGAGCUUGUCUUUUUGUAAAGUGCAUGAGACUUCGCUUCAGCGACUGAGCCCGUAAAGGAGAAAACCGAAUGGAAAACUCCGUGAGGAAGGUUAGCAGGACACAUGCUCUAACUGUGACAAUAGCAGGACCUUUGCCUUUAUAGUAUCAAAUGUCUAGUGAAAUAAAACCCAAGGCGUGGUGUUGCUGCAGACAGCUCGUGUGGCAGGUUUGAACCCAUCACCUGUGUGGCUGCUGUCACUACCUGCCCUCGGGGAGGGAGAGCGCGGGGGCUCUCCUGUACAACACCCUGAGUGUCAGCCUGAUGUCUGGCCCGUUGUGUUGUCUGGUAGCUGUUUAAACAAAGCUGUACCUGCUAGAGCUCAGCCUGGUUCUUAACAUUACAGCUCAACAAGUUCUCCUGUUCUCAGUCUGGAUUCGUUUAGUACAAAACCAGAAAUUGCUAAUCCAAAAUUUCAUGAUGCUGUGUCCUGGCUUUGUGAUCGAGAGUCCUUCCUGAGUCGUGCCACCUGAUAGUCCUGCACAUGUUGUAUUUAUGGCGAACAUUUUUUAAAGUGCGACUUUGUUUUUUCUGAAAUACAAAAUGUUGAUGUGCUUUACUUUCUGUGGCCUGUUGCGCAAUGGGAAAAAAAAAAAAAAAAAGAAUGUUAAAAUUGUGUCAGCAUCUCCUUUGUAAUAUUUUCUGUGACAAAGGGAAGGGAAAAGGUGUGGAAUCCUUUUGUGUAGCAAUGGGAAACACUCUUUCAUUGUAACAUUCUAUUAUUGAUACUGUAUUUACUGAUCAAACUGUAAUGAAAUGGUUACUUUCUGAUAUAGCCUUUGUACUGUAUGGUAUUUUAUUUUAUUUUGUCAUUUAUUCA